CUGAGUUUUCUGACCCGGCGUUCUUUCUGUGAAGUUUAUGAUAAUAAUGUUAACGUUGUUAGUUACAUUGUGACCUAUCAGACUUAAAAUGUCGAAGAGGCCGUAUAUCGCACAAUAUUCGAGUCCGAAUAUCGUUUUAGUGCCUUCUGAGUCGGACAAGGAGCCACCUGUCAAGAAAUUAAGGGCUGAUAGUAUUCCUUUGCCCACGCCAACGCCCCACAGCAUACAAAACAUACAUUCCAUACCUAUGCCACAAACACAACAUGUGCCUACACAUAUACCAAUGUGUGGAUAUACAUAUCCUUACAACCAGGUUUAUAAUGCACCAAUGCAAGCAAACUUUCCACCAAACACAACAGUCCGUAUGCCUUAUACUUCCAAUGAUAUUGUUCCUAAUGAUUUGUCUGUGGGUUCCGAUCAGUUGUGUAAAACAGUAAAGAAUGUGAAUGCCACACCAAAGAAGAGCUGGGCUUCCAACUACUUGACAAGCAUAGGGCAAUCAUACAAGAAACCUAUAAAGCUUAAUCUAUCAUCAUCAAGGAGAAAGUUCAAUACAUCAAAUGAGACACAAAAGCACAAUACAACUUCACAUAACUUUAAUAAUUGUGUUAGAGAAGAAAUAAACGAAAAUGUUAAUAAACCGCAAACAGAAUCUAGGGAAAUUAAUCCGAAACCAGUUGCAGUACAACAACCUACAACAACAAUAUCGCAAAAUUUAAAUGACUACGUUAGUGUAGAAAAAGUCGAAGCUAUUGAUAGAUCGCCAUCUGUAGCUAGGGAGGUUAAUAAUAAACCAGUUACAGUCCAACAACCAACAACAAUUUCGCCAAAUUUAAACAACUACAUUAAUGUAAAAAGCUGCGAAAAUAUUAACAUAUCGCAAACUGUAACUAAGGAGGUUAAUCAGAAACUAGUAACACUUCAACAAUCUGCAACACCACAUUUAGAACACAACAGCUAUUUAUCCGUUUCAUCGAGCAGUAUGGACAGUCAAGUUAGACUAGAUAAAGAAAAAACAGUACAAAAUAGAAAAAUAUUUAAAAACACAACUCACUUACCAACACUCUCUGAAAACACACAUAACAAAAUGUACAAUGACGACCUCAAAGUUAAAGAUGUAAAUAAAAAAUCUCUGUCGCUUAAGUGUGCAGAAAGUGAUCCUCCACAUCCUAUAAAAGAAACUAAAAUUAAAACAGCAUGUGAUGCUAAACAAUUAUUUACACAUAACCUAACACAUAACGAUACAAGUCUGAAAAGCCAUGAUGAUCUUUUAAAACCCAAACAAAAUAUUUUUCAAGAAGAAAAAGACAGUAAAAAUAGAUUAUCGAACAAGACUCACACUAAAAUGCAAAAUAUAUAUCAAGACGAACAAAAAGACAAAUAUAAGACUAAAGACAAACAAAAACCAAGCACUAGUAGUGGUCAUAAGUAUACAGAUUCAGAGAAUAAAGAUUCACGUAGUCGAAAGCACGAUGGCAAAAAAACUACAAGUAAGGCUGCAGACUGCAAAGUGUCAAAACACAAGAGCAGUCAAGCAAAUAAAGAUUACAAAAUACUUAAAGAGAUCAUCCAAGAUAAGAUUAAAAAAGUCCGCGAAUCAAAAAAUCUUAUGGAGCUUAAAAAAAAAUCUGAAGAACAACCAGACAAACGCCUUUCAUCUGAUAAACGAUCAAAUAAAAAAGUUUUAUCUCACUCUAAACCAAAGAAAGAUUCUGAAAGAGAUAAACGUGAAUUAAAAAUAAAGUCCACUUCAAAAAGAUGCAGUCCUAAAAAAGAAACCGAAGAAACAUCUAAAACACGAAAACGAUCACCUCCAAUCAAAAGUGUUAUACAAAUGAAAGACAAUUUGAGAAAAUCUCCAUUAAAUACCCAAGUAGUUGAUAAAAACUUCGAUCUUAGAACAAAACUAACGCGUAGAGGUUUAAGUCAAUACUUUACAAAGUUACAAAAUGCGGGCAAAAAGUUCUCAGAAAAAACAAAGGUAGAACGAGAUAAUUUGAUCAUAACGGUUCAAAACGAAAAUAACAAUGAAUCAACAUCACCAGAUGUAAAAGAACAAGUAGCUCAAAAAGUUAAAACUAAAAAGUACAAAAAAGUAAAACUGGUAAUAAAUUUAAUUUGUGAAAACACAGAAUCUAGUGAUACUGAUGACGAAGAAAGUAUUCAAGUAGGUGAUACUUGCGCGAUGACUAGUGAAGAUCUGAGUUUCCUUGACGAUUUGAAUAUUGAUGAGAUCGUCGACAGUUUGAACCAUUGUAAAAGUGAUCCAGAUUCCGCAAAGAAUACUAAACUGUCAGUUCAUGACGACAUUAUCUGUGUAGAUGACUUAUCAGACGAUGAAAACUCAGAUGCAUCCACUGUGCAUUUAGAAGAAUUAGACGAAAUACAAAACGAAACGUCUAUAAAACGUGAGAAUGAACAAGAUCAUUUAGGAAACAUAACAAGCAAUAAGCUAACUUCGGAACCUCAAAGGUAUCUGGCACAAAAUAUCGAAACCACACAAAACCAAUCUACAUCAAGUACGAACGGGACUAUAAAAACAGAGAUUUGCGACGACGAUGAAUCGCCGAUACAAGAAACUCUAAUACCUCAAAAUGAAAUAAAAAAAGAGUUACUCGAUGAUGGCUGUAAUAAUACUACAUUAGCAGUCGAUGGACUAAAUAAACACUGUAGUAAAAUAAUAGGAAACAUGCAGAUAAAUGAUUGCAACAAAAUCGAACCAGAAAAGCAAGUAGCUUCAUUACCUAUAAUUGAAAUAAAGCAAGAGCCGUCUGAUGAUUAUUGUGAUAUUUCCAACAACAAAGAAAUUGCUUGCGAUAAUGCUAAAACGCAGGAUUUAAAUAAUAGCUGUUAUAAAAUAUUAAAUGAUAAUGAAAAUUUACAAACAGCCGUGCUUGCAACUGAUAUUAAACAAGAAACACUUGAAGUGUCUGAUAGUAAUUUAAUUAAUAUUCCCACAAGUGAUGACACAGGAAGGGAUUACACUAUCACGCAUAUUAAAGAAGAAAAUGAAAAUGUGGACUAUACGGAAAAGAAUAGCGAUGAAGCAGAAAAUAAAGUGCAUACGUCUGAAAUAACUGAAGUUGUUCCAGAUAAUAUAAUUGAUCAUGAGAAACCUGAUGAGACGAAGGAUACAGAGAGAGAAACAUGUGUUAAUUUGGCAGAAUAUAAAGCUAAUGCUGCUGAAAGUCAGAAUAUAUCAUUGAUUGCAAAUGUUGAAAGUGAUACAGAUAUGAAAACUGUAAGUAAUGCGGCUAAAAUCCAAAGCAACCUUCAAAUUCCUUCAGAAACACAUUCAAAACAAAAUCCGAAACAUGAGACACCAACAAAAUCUAUAGAAUUAAACGAAGAAGAUAACUUGUUAAGCGACAAUACACAAAUUCUAGCAAGUUCCGAUAUAAUUAUAAAAGAUUCCGAUGAGGAUGAUGUAAUGAAAAUGUCAGAUUUAGCAGAUAACAAAAAAUCUGAUACUGACAUAAAACAAGAAAACCAUGUAGAAGAAAAUUCUGUAAAUUCAAAAGAUAUAAAGAAAAAAAUACAAAAUAUUACAGAAUCUUUCAUAUUACAAAAACAACCGGAAGUAAAGAAUACUGUAAAUUCCGGUUCACCGAAAGUUGAAAAUAAAGAACUUGAAACAAGUACAGAAACUUCUAAUAAACAAGAACUACUAGAACCAAAAAGUAUUUCGCCAAAAGCUGAACUAACAGGUUCCAAGCAGUCUUUAGAAAAUAAAGAGAAAUCUAAUGUAGAACCAUCGAAUACUUUAACGAGCAAAAUCGUAUCAAAUAAAGUAGACGACGACGAACUAAAUUCAAACACCGGAAUUGUAGUGCCUAAAAAUACCGUUGUCAAAGAUGUCUCUGAGCCAGACCAGAAAUUUAAUGACGACAAAAUAUUUAUUAAGACUAUGGAACAACACAUGUUUGCAUAUCUCAAAGAGCCUUACACAGUCACUGCUAUAAUACGCAAGGGACAUUACUCUAAAAUAUUGAGGUGUACCAAUUCUAAAGGUCGUCUAUCUGCUGUUAAAGUCAGAAGCCCAUACUUCAACGAAGGUAGCGCAGCUCAAAGAGAUAUGCUGAUAACACUACAAAAGGACGUACCACGGUCAAAACUGCUCUUUCCCUGCCUCUUCAAAACUUUCACCGUCGAAAACUACUCCUGUUUUCUAAUGGAAUGUUACCCUACGAAUUUGUUUCAAACUCUCAAACAAGUUAACGUGCUCCACAUAGAUGUAGUGCAACAUUUGUCAAGACAAUUAGUUGAAGCUGUGUCUGUGUUGCGUUCGCACAACAUCGUCCAUGCAGAUAUCAAACCCGGUCAUAUUCUGAUAAACAACUUACAUGACAGAAUCAAGCUGUGUGGGUUUGACACUGCGUAUUACAUUCAGGAUUGCGUAUUGAAGACUAACAUCGGUACUGUCAAUUACCGCGCUCCUGAAAUCAUACUCGGCUAUUCGGCAGAUUACAGUGUCGACGUGUGGUCCACGGCUCUAGUGAUGUUUGAAAUGGCCACAGGCACUCAGUUGUUUCCAGGAACUUUCGACAACGAUGUACUUUUUAAACAAAUGUGCACUUUAGGUUACAUGCCUAUUGACAUGAUUAAAGAAUCAAAGUUUGCACGCUGUCAUUUCUUCAAUACCACAUUUAAGAGGAAACUUGGACGUCGGACUACAGUUAUGAAGAACGCACAAGACUUCUAUAUAAACGGCAUUCUUGGAUCGAGGUUGAAGAAAGUUUACUACCAGCGUUGGGGCCAGGAUUUGUCAAGGAAGAACCGAAUGAGAGAUCUGGCUAAACUAAAUAGUAUUUACAACCUUCUUGAACAGAUGCUGCAAAUACACCCUAAUACAAGGUUGCCAAUUGAACUUGUACAAGCCAAUCCCGUCUUUGACGCCUCGUUUUCAUUUUAACUU